UUAAACAAACUACGUUGACCGGAUUAAAAUGGAAUAUCUUACUAGUUUGUGACUUCCCAGUUGUAUGGACACAUUUAUGAUUUUAAACAUGAAGAUUAUAUUUCUUAUUUAUAUUUCGUUACACUAUUUUUCCCAAGUGAACUCUUUUGAACAACUUAUCAAACCAGGAAUAACUGUGGCUACAAGUAGUUCAGUGGGAUGGGGAGGCUUUGCAAACAAGACAGUCGAUGGAAACUAUUCACAGAACAAUUAUACAUUCUGCAUGCACACAGCAGGAAGACGCCGAGAGGAAUGGCUGAAAAUUGACUUAGGAAAUUUUUAUAAUUUGAAGAGUGUCAAAAUUUGGUACAGGGGCGAUAAAAGGAAUGAAAGUGAAAACACCAAAAGAUUGAAAGGGUUUUCUAUCCGUUUGUCCAAAUCACCGGAACCAAUUCCUAUUGAAAAAUGUUAUCAGGAUCCUGGAAAUGAAUCACUUCCGGUCAUGAUAGCGAGGCCCUGUAAAGGUGUGGCCCGGUAUGUAUGGUUCUACACAGACAAAAACAAUGGUGGUGGAGUGUUCCUGGAAAUCUGUGAAGUGCAUGUUUACGGUUGUCCAGAAAAGCAUUAUGGCGAGAACUGUUCCAGAUGUAGUCGUUGUAAAGAUACCUGUGAUGUCAUAACUGGAAAAUGCAGCUGCACAAACCCAGGAUAUAAACCUCCUAAAUGUAAAACAAAAUGUCAAAAUGGUUGGUAUGGUGCAAACUGUAAAUAUCGUUGUCGAAACUGCGUGAAUAAAAAUGAAUGUGACCACGUGAGUGGAGUGUGUAAAAAGGGAUGUUCAAGAGGAUGGAAAGACAUUAAAUGUGACCAACCAUGUAAUAAAGGUUUCUACGGUAAGAAUUGUAGUAAAUCCUGUGGACAUUGCGCAAACAAAACAGCAUGUCAUCCUGUAAAUGGCAACUGUCCUUCUGGAAUUUGUGAACCAGGAUGGAAACAUAGAAAUGUACAAAGGGGGAGAAAAUGCAAUAAAGAAUGUAGGAAUGGGAACUAUGGAUCAAACUGUAAGGAUAAAUGUAGCAGACACUGUGCAAGAGGAUUACCAUGCAGAAAAACGGAUGGGAUCUGUGUUGAAGGUUGUGCAGCUGGAUGGAAAAGUCCGAACUGCAGUGAAGCAUGCAACCAUGGUUUUUACGGACAGGAAUGUAACAAUACUUGUGGUCAUUGUGCUAAAAACAAAACUUGUAACAACGUAUACGGUUCUUGCCCUUCUGGAGAGUGUGCACCUGGACACAAACCUACACCCGAUAGAAAAUGUAAUCAAGAAUGUGAAAACGAAAGGUUUGGAAACAACUGCAUGGAAACUUGCAGUGGACACUGUAGAGGGGGAUUACCGUGCAAUAAAACCGAUGGAAUUUGCCGUGGAGGGUGUGCAGAGGGGUGGAUGAAUCCAUUUUGCAAUGAAACAUGCAGUCGUGGUUUUUAUGGAAUGGAAUGUAGAUUACGCUGUGGGAAGUGUGCCAAAAACGCAAAAUGUAACCAUGUGAAUGGUUCUUGUCCUUCUAGCGACUGCAUACCUGGAUUUAAACAAACAGACGACCAGAUGUGCAAUAAAGAAUGUGAUAACGGAACGUUUGGAAACAACUGUGAGAAAAACUGCAGUGGACACUGCGCAGGAGGAAUAUCCUGCAAUAAAACCAACGGAGCCUGUCCCGGAGGCUGUAAAGAUGGAUGGAUAUCACCCAAAUGCAAUGAAACAUGUAAGACAGGAUACUACGGUACAAAUUGUAGUUUGUCCUGUGGAUCUUGUGCUCUGAAGGAAACAUGUGAUCACGUGACCGGUUCCUGCCCUUCCGGUCUCUGUAAACCAGGAUGGAAGAAAACACGAGAUAACCGAUGUGAUCAAGAAUGUGAUGAAGGAACCUUUGGAAAGCACUGUAUGUAUAACUGCAGUAGACACUGUGCAGGGGGAGUUCACUGUAAUGUAGUUGAUGGGGCUUGUUCUGGAGGGUGUAGUGACGGUUGGACAAAUGACCAGUGCAAUGAAACAUGUGGUAUCGGGCUAUAUGGCAAGGACUGCCAGGAAAAGUGUGGUCACUGUGGAGAUCAUGAGACCUGUAAUCAUAUCAACGGAUUAUGUCUAAGACAUUGUGAACCUGGAUACCAAGGAGAGAAGUGUGACAUCGAGUGUGACGACGGGGCAUUUGGAUUUAGCUGCAAUUUCUCUUGUGCUAAAGGUUGUUUGUCAAUCUGCAAUAAGAAAAUAGGAGCCUGUGAUCAGUGCCUAUCGGGGUAUAUAGGAGAUUUCUGCAAUAUAACUGUUGCAGAAUCACAAGCACAGGAUUCGACAGUCCCUGCUGCAGGAGUAGGUGUUCCAAUUACCAUACUUGUCAUCAUAGCACUCACAGUUUUAGCGGUUGUUCUCUUGCGGAAAGCAAGACUAAAGAAAGCUGCUGAUUUAGAACUGCCAGAGAGGAAAAAACUAUCUAUUAACGAUUCGCCAGAAAAUGAAACAAAUGGCAAUGUUGUCACAUCUGGGUACGGUGGAAAUGUAGAAGAAAAUGCUUUACUAGAGAAUUAUGUCACAGACAACAGUCUAACAAACACAAUCAUCAAAAUAACUGAUCUGGAAAAAAUAAUCAAAAUAUUUUCGUCGGAGGAAAAUAAGAGAUUCAAUGAAGAAUUUAAGCAAAUACCAUAUGGAGAGCAAAAGCAUAUCCCUUGUUCUGUGGCCAAACUACAACAGAACAUGCCGAAAAACAGAUACAAAACUACAUUCCCGUAUGACCAUUCCCGCGUGGUGUUGAAUGUUUCCCCGGAUAAUGACUACAUCAAUGCAAAUUACAUUAAGGAUGUGGCAGGGAAGAGGCGUUAUAUUGCUACCCAAGGGCCAAGAAAAAACACGGUACAAGAUUUCUGGGAAAUGAUUUGGCAAGAAGACAUCCGGGUUAUUGUCAUGGUUACUAAUUUGAUAGAAGGAUCAAAGAUAAAGUGUGAGCAGUAUUGGCCGGGACAAGGGGAACAGAUGACGUCAGGACAGUUCUGUCUACAGCUGAUGUCACAAAAGGACUACGCCAACUACACACAACGUGACAUCAACAUGACAAAUAAGAAGACAAACGUUGUGAAGACUAUCAAUCAAGUUCAAUUUACGGCUUGGCCCGACCAUGGAACGCCUUCACCAAUAGAACUCCUCGUCUUUUAUCGCCAUGUCAUGCGCUUAAUGCUGAUGUAUCCCGAGAGCCUACUAGUUGUGCACUGUAGUGCAGGAAUUGGUAGGACAGGGACCUUUAUUGCAUUAGACGCCCUGUACAAACACGGACAGAAAGAGGGAAAGAUAGACAUAGUAGAGUACGUUAAGAUCAUGAGAGAAGAUCGUAUGAACAUGAUACAAAAUGAGGAUCAGUACGUCUUCUUGUACAAAGCUCUGUACGAGAUUUUCAAAACCAAAGGGAGGCUACUGAGUAAGGAACACUUCAUUGAGGAAGUGACGUCACAGUUAAUGUCAAAUAAAGCUGCAAACGCCUCUCAGUUCAAGAAAGAGUUCAAUGAGCUUCUCUCAGACAGACCUGUAUUGGAGGAGAAAGAUACUAAAGAAGCUCGAGAAAACCUCGAUCUAAACAUGACGCAAACUGUUCUUCCAGCUGACGAUGUAAGAGUAUCGCUGACGUCAUACGUUCGAGGGCGUGGCAGCUACUACAAUGCCGUUUCAAUUUCAUCGUACACUCUAAAAGGAGGAAUAAUUGCUGCACAGUACCCAGUAGAGGGCGCUGCAGUCGAUUUAGUGCGCUUGCUCAUUGAUCAGGAAUGCUCUAUUUUGGUGUCUGUCAACCAACUCUCAGAUAUUGCAUCUUCAGCAGAGUGGAUGACGACUUCAGCAGAGAAAAGCGUCAUCUCGCCGUAUAAGACGAUGCUUGGUACAGGUCGAAGUUUGUCAAACAAGCUCAAGAUGACUGUUUUAAAAAUGAAGCAUGACAAGGAUUCAGAAUGGCACACAGUAAAAGUGUUCGAAGUUUUUAACUGGAAGGGUAGUGAAAAACUUCCAGCAGAAGAGGAUGUGCUUGUAGAAUUGAUGAACACAAUUCAGGAGUACGUCAAGGAUCCGUCCACGAAAAUAACAGUUUUGUCAAGAGAUGGUGCGACUGGAUGUGGAAUUUUCUGUGCCGUGUAUAACGCCAUACAACAGCUACAACAGGACAAUGAAGUAGACAUGUUUACUAUAGUCCGGCAGUUACAAAUGCGUAGACCGGAAAUGAUUUCUACCAUGUCCGAAUACCAGUGCUGCUGUAAGGUUGUGGCAAAUUUCUUCUCCGCCUACAAAGACCACAUUUAUGAGAAUGCUCAAGGACGACAGGAGGUCACCAAAAUGGAGGAAAAUAUUUACGCAAAUACAAGUCCUUAAGAACUAAUUAUGUGAAUGGCAUAUACUGAUUUUUUAUGAAAUUGAAUAUAUCUAUUUUUGUUUAAGUAAUUAGUACAUUUGUGUAUAGUUUUUACGUUAGAAUAUAUAUUGAUACACGUUCCCAUUAUUUACAUACAUGUCCAUUACAGGCACUGUAGUUUAUGAAUUU